AUGCUAAGUAAUAAUUUUUAAGUGUAUUAAAAACCAAAAAAUGAAUUUGAUGGAUGUUAUGAAGAUUAAGUAAAAUAAAGAAAGCAGAGACUUUGGGCUGGGAAGCCUGUGCCUUAAUAAUAAGAUAAUUCGGAUGAUGACAUAUUUGAUUUAGCUAAAAAGUAAGAGAAGGUCGAGAUUAAAGAGGCUGAGUCAGAGGUUUAAAGGAAUCCUGAAGAAAUUGUUUAAACAUUUCAAAAAGUUGAAAAUGACAAUUAUUAAAUAGAAGUUGUUGAUGAAGAAGCAGCUAUGAUGAGAAGAAGAAGAGUAAUUUAAUCAAGAUUAGCAGAAGAAUAAUAAUUGUUGUAAUAAGAGUAAUAAUAAAAUCAAGAAUAGAAGAAGGAGAAAAAGCAAAAGGAGAGAAAAAAAGAGAAAAAGCACAAGAAGAAAAAGGAUGACAUCAUUUACAAGAAUGAUUAAGAUGAUCAAUAGGAAGAAGAAGACUUUUAAGAAUAAUAAAAGGAGGUUGAAUUGCUGAAGCCAGUAUUCGUUUCCAGAGUGUAAAGAGACUAAUUAGACAAGAUAGAGGAGGAGGAGAUUAGAUUAAAGGAGGAAAAAGCUAAGAACCUUGAGAGAAUGAGAUUAGAAAACAAAAUUUUAAUUUUAAACUCUGUCAAAGCUGAUGCUGCAAAGGCAGUCAAUGAGGAGAGUGAUGAUGGAAAAUAAAAAUUAAAUGAUGAGGAUACUUUGGAUGAAACUGAAUAUGCAUUAUGGAAAAUACGAGAACUAAAACGAAUCAAGUAAUUUAAUGAUGAGAAAAAUAAAUAUGAGAUAGAGAAGGCUGAAAUAGAUAGAAGAAGAAACUUAACAGAUAUGCAGAGAAUUCAAGAAGAUUUCAAAUUAGGUUCUGACAAAACCAAAAUGGAGGAUAAAACAAAGUAUGUUUUCAUGUAGAAAUAUUAUAAUACAGGAGCUUUUUAUAAGGACAUGGAUGAUCCCAUAUUCCAGAGAGAUUACAAUUUACCUGUGGGCGAAGAUUUAUGGAGAAAGGAUAAUCUACCAUAGAUCUUACAGAAGAGAAGAGGAGAAUUUGGAAAGAAAGGAAACUCUAAAUACACACAUUUGACUCAAGAAGAUACAACCAAUUUUGAUCCAACAUAUUAGGUUGAUUAGAGUAUCAGACAAAAAUUCUUGAAUUAAUAAGCUGGAUCAAAAUCUUCACAUAAUUUCUUCAAUUAGUUUAAAAAAAGUUGA